AUGUACAUAAGUAUUCUGGACCGGCUGUUUUUGUACGCCGCUUCCGUUGUCACAGGUGACGUUCCGAAGCAUAGCUGUCUCUCUUAUAACGAUAUUCCUGAAGGCUAUGAACGAUAUGUGAAAAUCGACCCCACACCGAAUACGAUAUGCGUGGCCAAUCACACAACCCCUUUUGACUGGUGUAUAUUGGCAUCCGAUAAUACCUACGCCGUUGUCGGUCAGUCACACUCAGGGUUCUUCGGUAUCGUGGAGCGCAUUAUCUCAGCUGCCGUUCCAGCCGUGUGGUUUGAUCGUGAUGAGGUGUUUGAUCGUCAGCUCACUGCGAAACGACUUAGAGAUCACGUUGCCCGUACAGACGCAGAACCAUUGCUGAUAUUCCCCGAAGGGACCUGUAUUAACAAUACUUCAGUAAUGAAAUUCAAGAAGGGUUGUUUUGAGAUCGGCGCCCCAAUACACCCAGUGGCCAUCAAGUACAACCCACUAUUCGCCGACUGUUUCUGGAACAGCAGCCGAGAUUCUUUGCUGCAGUACAUUUUCAAAAUGAUGACCUCUUGGGCCAUAGUCGUGGAUGUGUGGUACCUACCGCCAACUCGUAUACGUCCUGAUGAAAAUGGAAUCGCCUUCGCCAGGCGCGUGCAGCAGAGUAUUGCUCGAUGCGGUGGGAUGCUAGACAUCGACUGGGAUGGCGAGCUGAAGCGGCGAAGACCUAAGGAUACCCUAAAGCUGGCACAACAGCGAUACAUCAGUCAGUAUCUAGUCCCCUGUCCAUCAGAUGAAACCUGA